GGGCAAGGGACGUUGUGUGGGAGGCUGGUGAGGGAAGAGGAUGUAGAUAAGAGGUUUAUAACCUGGGUUCCUCUUGUGGGACUCUUCCUUUAUGAAGUCCUGGGGUCAGUGACUUACAGAGGGAUCACCCAUAGGGCCACUUUUCUUCAGUUUGGUCUAGACGUGAUGCCCUGAGCUCAGGUGUUUGGGAAUCACUGUAUUAACGGGAGACAUCUCUUACCAAGUCUUUCUCUGUUUCAGUGUCUUGCUGGGAUCAAAGGGUUCGGGCCCAAACGGAUCUACCUGAAGUCUACCUAAAUCCUCCUGGAGAUGACUACCUUCCCACUGUGACUGUGACCUCAGUCAUCAGCAUUCUACCUUUCCUCUUCCUCCUUAUCUUUCUCCUCUGCUGGUGCUGGUGUCGAGCCAAAAACAGAGCCACUGAGGAUGACACCAAGGGCCAAGUGAAUGAUAACAGCUCCAGCCCAGACAUGGACUUCCAGGAAGAAAAUCAAUAUGAUGUCUCAGUGGAUAUCCUGCCUGAGGAGGACAGACAAAUGGACAUGCAUCCUGCACCCAGGGCUUCCCUCCUGGGCUAUACAGCUCAGGACCGGCCGAGGAACCAUGUCCCCAACCAUGGCUGCUUUCUUCUGUCUUGGGCUGUGUCUGGGCCAGGUGAUACAGGCUCAGAAAGGCCUGCUGCCCAAGCCCUCCCUCCAGGCCCGGCCCGGCUCCCUUGUGCCCCUGGGGAAGCCGGUGACCAUCAGCUGUCAGGGCCCUCCAGGCGCGGACUUGUACCGCCUGGAGGAACUGAUAUCCCGGAAGUAUUUGGACCAGGCGGAGCUCUCCAUCUCGGCCAUGGAACAACGCUUCGUCGGACGCUACCGCUGCUCCUAUCAGAGCGGGACCAGCUGGUCUCCCCCAAGCAACCAGCUGGAGCUGGUUGCUACUGGAGUUUUCACCAAGCCCUCGCUCUCAGCCCAGCCCAGCACGGCAGUGGCCCCAGGAGCGGACGUAACUCUACGGUGUCACAGCCAGUAUGGUUUUGACCAAUUUGCUCUGUACAAGGAGGGGGACACUGGGCCCUACAAGACACCUGAAAGGUGGUACCAGGCUGAUUUUCCCAUCACCACGGUGACUGCUGCCCACAGUGGGACCUACCAGUGCUACAGCUUUUCCAGCACAUCUCCAUACCUGUGGUCGGCCCCCAGCGACCCCCUGGAGCUCGUGGUCACAGGGACCUCUUUUACCCCCAGCUGGUUGCCUACAGAACCACCUUCCUCUGUGACAGAAUUCUCAGAAGCCUCCAAGAAACUGAACCACUCACUCGUGAACGAAGUUGCCACCACUGAAACUUCUAGGAAUAUCACCAUCCUUCCAAAGGAGUCAGACCCUCCAACUGGUCUUGCCUUCCAGUAUUACACUAGGAGCAAUCUGGUCCGGAUAUGCCUUGGGGCCGUGGUUCUAAUACUCCUGGUGGGGCUUCUGGCAGAAGAUUGGCACAGCCGAAAGAAACCCCUGAUGCACCGGGUCAGAGCUGUCCACAGGCCACUCCCACCCCUCCCUCAGACCCAGAAGUCACACAGUUGUCAGGAUGGGGGUCGACCAGAUGAUCAUAACUGAGGAUACCAUCAUUAGAAUCCCAAGGCUUGGUUGUAUCUAAGAGAUAGGUCAUGGGAGCGGGGAGGGGACUUGGUGUGGAGUGUGAGAGUAAAAGGAUAGAGCCUACAGCUGUGGAAAAGGAGGGUGGCGGGGGGGUGUGUGUUCUUCUUGGGGCCCCAUCAAGGAGUUGAGUCAGUGUCUAUUUGGCUGUAUGUCCUAGGACUCUCUUUGUUUGGGAUGGAAGGAAUCUAGUGGAUGCCAUAGACUCCUCACUGAUAUCUUGCUCAUUGUGGACCUUGUGGCACCUCACCUGGGCCAUCACACUUAUCUCUUUCUUCAACCUUCCCUAAUACGAGUUCCAGAUUGACUUCUAAUAUUCCCACCUCUCACAGUUGACCUGUUCUAUCCUUUGCACAAAACUCUCCCACGUUUCCCCCGUGCACACCCCGUGCUUUUUUUUCUUUUCUUUUUUUUUUAACUGGAGUAUAGUUGAUGUACAAUGUUGUGUUAGUUUCUGGUGUACAGCAAAGUGAAUCAGUUCUGUGCUUUUUUUCCUGAUUAUCCCCAAACCUAACCCUUGCUCUAGCCCUAUCUUAAGCUGUAGUCUGAAAAAUCUCCUUUUGUUUCUCGAGAUGUGCCUGGUUCUUUCAGGCUUUGGGGCAUUCUGUUCUUUCCCCUUAGAAUAUAAUAAUAAUUAUAACCAACAUGCCAGUGGCUCGCCUUUAUAUUAGAAAAAAAGUCCAAAGUCCUCACUAAGUUUGUGCUGAAGGCUAGAAUAUGUAAAUCCACAGAGACAGAAAACAGUGGUUGGUUGACAGGGGUUGAGGGGAGAAAGGAAUGGGAGUAAUUACAUAAUCAGUAUUUUUUUUUUUUUUUUGCGGUGCGCGGGCCUCUCACUGCUGUGGCCUCUCCCAUUGCGGAGCACAGGCUCCGGACGCGCAGGCUCAGCGGCCAUGGCUCACGGGACCAGCCGCUCCGCGGCAUGUGGGAUCUUCCCGGACGGGGCACGAACCCGCGUCCCCUGGCAUCGGCAGGCGGACUCUCAACCACUGCGCCACCAGGGAAGCCCUAAGUGUGAGUUUUGAAAAGAGGAUGAGAUGUGACUUUUUACACAGUGAAGGAGAAGUAUAUUUUCAGAGUUUGUGUUGUACGUGUGUGUAUAGAAGCAUCAAAGUGCCGGGUACUUUUUAUAAAUAGUAAGUUGACACAUAGCAGGAUGUGAUUUCAGUUCCCAUUGGCUUAGGCUGAUUGAUAAGGGCAAACAUAAUAUUACACAGUUUAAUUUAUUUUCAAGGGAGACAGAAAGCAAAGUUGACAACAGUUAUGAAGGUUUUUCUCCUAUGUUUUGAGUAAAAAUAUCCAGAACGUCUCUGGCCAAAGAUCUUUCAGUUUCAGCAAAUCAGGGCAAAAUAGAAAACACUUCUUACACACACACACACACACACACACACACUGUGUGAGGUGAUGGAUGUGUUAGCUUGAUGGCGGUGGUCAUUUCACAAUGUAAAUGUAUAACAAAAUAUCACACUGUACACCUUAAAUAUAUAAAAUUUCUCUUUGUCAAUUAUAUCACAAUAAAGCCGGAAAAAAAGCAGACUCAUGUAAUAGAGCAAAAUGUAAAUAUUUCUAGGGAAACCAAAGAAAUAAAAUCAGAAAUUUAAAAUCUCCCUCAGUAACUCCCACUUCUAGCUAUCCCAGGUGUAUCAGACCAAAUGUCUCACUGAGAAUAACUAUAAUAAACAUUGGAUUAAAAUCA